CUGACAAAUCCAGUCUCGUCAACUAUGCUUCACACUUCAUUCGCAACCAGAUAGAUUUCAUUUUGGUGCUCAUUUUCAUCGGCAGUUCUAUUUUGUCUUUAUAUUCGUUCCACAAAACAAAACAAUAGAAUUGUCCUGAAUACACUUGCCUUGGAAUACUAAAGCUUUUAAACUACUUGGAAGGAAAAAAACCGCCAAAAUAACGUCCUCAAGUGAAAUGCAACCAAAAUUCAAAUUCGCCGAGGGCGAGAAAGUGCUCUGCUUCCAUGGCCCACUGAUAUAUGAGGCAAAGGCAUUAAAGAGCACUGUUACCAAGGACAAACAGCUCAAGUAUUUUGUUCAUUAUGCUGGAUGGAAUAAGAAUUGGGACGAAUGGGUUCCGGAGCAUCGAGUUUUGAAAUACAACGAAACCAAUUUACAAAGACAAAAGGACCUUCAGAAGGAGCACGAUGCAAAGAAGGAGAAAAACAGAAAAAAUACAGCGAAAGGUAAGAAAGGCGAAACGGUUGGAGCAAACUCAAAGGAAAGCGGUGCAACCAGUAGCGGUGGUAGUGAAUCACGGGCUUCAACGCCAUCAAAAGAGUUGAAUACUUCUGCAAGUACAAACGCUUCUUCUGGAAGGGCGAACAGAUCAAAACAGAUUUCUAGUGCCACAGAAUCAAAGAAAGAUGGAAGUGGCAGAGAAGAUUCCAGCAAAGACGAUAAAGACGAACCCGUAGUAAAAAAGAAGCGGGGAGCCUCAACCAGCUCCUCAGAAAAGUCUACGGCAAACACCACGGCGGUAUCCAAUGCAAGUGCGUCAGGUCCGGGAGCUACUUCAGCUUCGCCUGCAACAUUGUCAAACAAUAACAUUUCGAAUACCACAUCUCAGACCAAUGUACGUUUGGAUCCCUGCGUUGAAAGUGAAGAGACUUUUCUUUCAAAAAUUGAGGUAAAAAUAAAAAUUCCAGACGAGUUAAAGCAAUGCCUAGCAGAUGACUGGGAUGCGAUUACUAGACAACACAAACUUCUGGAUAUACCCGCGAAAAUAACGGUCCAAGAUAUCGUCGACCAGUAUAUUAGUUUCAAGAAAUCUGCAAAAUCAACUAAUGCUGGGAAGGAAUUAGCCAUAACUGACGUUCUUAAUGGAGUUGUGGAAUAUUUCAAUGUAAUGCUCGGCUCUCAGCUUCUGUACAAAUUUGAACGUCCACAAUAUGCAGAUAUUUUGCAGCAGUAUCAGGAUAUUCCUUUAUCGAAAUUAUAUGGAUCGUUCCAUUUGUUGCGUUUAUUUGUAAAACUAGGAUCUAUGUUGGGCUAUUCGGAUCUCGAUGAAAAGUCUAUGCAGCUGCUUCUCGUGCAUCUCCACGAUUUCCUGAAGUAUUUGGUGAAAAAUAGUGCUACUUUCUUUAGCAUGUCAAGCUUUGUUAAUGUUACCCCUGAAUAUCAUCGUCAUACCCAAUGAUUUUAGGAUCACCCCCCGUAUUCAUUAUUAGGUCUCUCCAUUUUCCCAAAUAACUAUUAUACUUUGUAAAGAUCUUUAUUAAAUGUUUUUUUUCUUUUCUUACCAGUAAAUAUCUGUAGAACAAAUAAACAAUAUCUAAUACCCCUGGAUAUUUGGAAUACUAGUAUAAAA